UUCACUCAUUAACACAAAUCCAUGGCUGACCAAACAGAAGCAGCGGUGAUCAUCGUCGGCGGCGGUCCCUCCGGCCUGGCCACGGCGGCGUGUCUGCAAGAACUCUCAAUCCCAUACACCCUUCUCGAGAGACAAGACUGCUUCGCUCCUCUCUGGCAGAAAUACUGCUAUGAUCGGGUCCACCUGCACCUACCCAAACACUUGUGCCAAUUGCCCCUAAUGCCAAUCCCACCCUCUUACCCUAAAUACUUAUCGAGGAACGAAUUCGUUCAGUACUUAAACGACUACGUUUUACGCUUCAGCAUCAGCCCCAGGUACCGGAGAUUGGUGGAGGCGGCGGCGUACGAUGAUGUCGCCGGAAAAUGGAAGAUCAUAGCACGAAACCUCGGGUCGGGCGAGGCGGAGGAGUACACGCCUAGGUUUCUGGUUGUGGCUACUGGGGAAACAUGCGACCCUAAGAUUCCUCAAGUGGAAGGUCUACACAGUUUCACGGGGGAGGUUUUGCAUUCGACCGAGUACAGAAACGGCGAAAAAUUCGCCGGCCAAAAGGUUUUGGUGGUUGGGAGUGGGAAUUCGGGUAUGGAAAUUGCGCUUGAUCUUGCAAACUCUGGCGCCAAAACCUCCAUUGUCGUACGGAGCCCGAUGCAUAUAACGUCGAGGAGGAUUGUGGAAGCGGGAUUGAUAAUGUUGAAGUAUUUACCAUUGAAGUGGGUAGACUGGAUGGUGGUGAUGCUGAGCAAGUGUGUGUAUGGGGAUUUGAGCAAAUAUGGAAUUCAGAGGCCGAAAGAGGGACCUUUUGCUCUCAAGAUCAACCAUGGCAAAUACCCGGUUAUUGAUGUUGGAGCUCUUCACAUGCUCAAGAACUCCAGCCAGAUUCAGGUAUUGCCAGGAAUAAGAAGCAUAAAGGGUAACAGAAGUGUGUUAUUUGAGAAGGAGAAGGAAUAUAUGUUCGACGUGAUUGUGUUUGCCACAGGUUUCAAAAGAUCCACCAAACACUGGCUCAAGGGAGACGAUUAUUUGCUGUCUGAUGAUGGGCUUCCAAACCCCAAUUUCCCUAACCACUGGAAGGGUAAGAAUGGGCUAUAUUGCGCUGGGCUGGCCCGAAGAGGAUUCUAUGGAGCUGCCUCUGAUGCUCAAAAAAUAGCCCAUGACAUCAAGGCCCAACUUUGAUUCAAAGAGACAGAUAUAUAUAUUGGACUCUCCUGUUAUUAUUACUGGUCAAUGG